AUGGCAAAAGCUGCAGCAGGCGUCUUAUUGGCGUGCGCGAUACUCCUCCUCAGCGGCAGCGUGCCCACUUCGUCGUUUCAUAACAGUGGGGAGUGUUUUUUCAACACCAAAGGGAGCUGUGAGUAUAAGGACCAGGUGUAUGGAAUAGGAGAGAGAUGGACAACCACUGAUUGUUACCAGUGUGUCUGCAUGGAGCCUUUUGGAGUGGGAUGUUGUGACCAUGUUUCAAAGCCUGUGGACUAUCCACAUUGGUGUGAGAUCAUCCACAAGCCAGACACUUGUACCAGCAUUAUUGUGAUGAGAGCCAAUCACAAACUGCCCUGCCUGUGGGGACGAAACCGCCUCCGACCAACUGUGGGUCUCCCGCUGAAGUCGGACAACGAUCCUCUGUUUUGAGCCC